AUGGCAUUCGUCCCUGAUUUGGACACACUGGAGAGCAGCAGCCUGAAUGAGGAGACAUUUUAUGGCCCCGACUGCCUCUGCGCACAGAAGAAACUUCAUCUGGACUCAGAGGUGACGCCUCCUGGGGUGGGCAUCCAGGUGACAGUGACCAAAGGACACCCUGCCAGGACCUUUCGCCAGGCCGCUGUCCUCGUGGUGGCUGUGACCAAGCUCCUGAAGCAGCCGGCGCACAAGGACUUCAGCGACAGUGACCUUGGGGACAUCCUGGAUGAUAUUUUCGAGCCCAUUUCUUUCCGUCGGAUUGAGGACAGCUACGCCGGGGCGCCUGUCUACCGCUACACCCGCUCCCAGUCCUUUGACAUCCUCGACAUUGACCACAAGUGCUUCGUGCUGGAGUCGCCCACCCAGCUGGUGGCCCUGCACCUGCAGGGACCGUCUGCCAGGCAGAAAGUGAAGCUCAACAUUGCUCUGUACCGUCCCCGGUCAUCGCAGGGUGGCCCGGGGGCCGGGCGGGUGCCAGUGGCAUUGGGCAUCAAGGGCUACCAACUCUACAUGUCGUGCGUGAUGAGCGGUGCUGAGCCCGUGCUGCAGCUGGAGGAAGCUGACAUCAGGAAGGACAUUGAGAGCGUGGAGCUGACCCGCUUCAUCUUCUACCGGCUGGACCCCCCCGCCUUGGAGUCGGCUCCCUCCCCCGGCUGGUUCAUCUGCCCCCCCCGGCAGCCCCGCCAGCCUGUCGGCAUCACCAACCAGCCCGACCAGGUCAACAUUGCCACCUAUGAGCUGAGCGGGCGCUGA